AAAUUUCCACCGAUUCGUCCUUACUUGUGUCCUAAUAAUUUUACUCAAAACUGUUUUCUGCUGAAAGCUCGUUUCAGGACGAAACUCUCCGAACAAUCCUCUCAUGAACGCCUCAACAUUCGUUGGUUCAGUCUGCCGGCAACGUUCCUCUGUGCUUUGAUUUCGCUGCUUUUUCUAGAGUUGAAAAUCGCUUGAAGCACAUGUCUUAUCGAUCGAGCCAUUCUGCUGAAGCCAUGGGUUAAAACUGUCCAGUCGCAAAGUUCACGUGUGUUGUAAGUUUCCAGUGCUUGUACGAACUUAUGUCAACAAAAACUCCGGAAAUGACCCGGAACGGCCACGAACUAGCUCCACUCAACACCCGGAAUGGCCCCGAAGGGGGCAAGCCGGGUGUCACCAUCGUGCUGCAGGGCCCUCGAGGCUCGAUCAUCUCCAGGGGAAGCGCUCCCAUCGACCAGGAUCCGGAUAGAGCGGCGUGGUCCGGAAAAAUGCAAUUCUUUUUGUCAAUUAUCGGGUACUCGGUGGGAUUAGGGAAUAUUUGGAGGUUUCCCUAUUUGUGUCAACAGAACGGCGGAGGUGCUUUUCUAAUUCCUUUCGCCGUUAUGUUGAUCCUUGAAGGCAUUCCGCUCUUUCUCAUAGAGCUGGGAAUUGGCCAGAAGAUGAGAUUGGGCUCUUUGGGUGUCUGGAAUACUAUCCAUCCUUGGCUGGGUGGCAUCGGAAUUUCGUCGUGUAUCGUCACUUUCUUCGUAGCUCUAUAUUACAAUGUCAUCAUCACGUGGUGUUUUUAUUACUUCUUCAACAGCUUUCAGUACCCUCUGCCUUGGGAAAACUGCCCCGUGGUGAAUGGCACCGUGGUCUCCGAGUGCGACAAAUCCUCCGCCACCGCCUACUUCUGGUAUCGCACCACACUCGACGCCGCUACCAGCAUCGAAGAUCCGGGGAUUCCCCGCUGGUGGAUCGUCCUCUGUCUACUUCUCUCGUGGAUCAUUGUGUUUUUCAUUGUCAUGAAAGGCAUUCAAAGCUCGGGCAAAGUUGUUUACUUUACCUCUAUGUUCCCGUAUCUUGUUCUGACAAUAUUCUUCAUCCGGGGAAUCACUCUCAAAGGCGCCAGUGCAGGUUUGGCUCACAUGUAUACCCCCAAAGUCGAAAAACUCCUUGAUCCAAAAGUGUGGCUUGAAGCUGCCACCCAAGUGUUUUACUCCUUUGGGUUGGCUUUCGGGUCACUGAUCGCUUUCGGGUCGUACAACACGCCAAAGAAUAACUGCGUCCGAGACGUGAUCCUAGUGUCAAUUUGUAAUGCCUUCACUGCGAUUUACGCCAGUGUUGUUAUUUUCGCCAUUUUGGGAUUCAAAGCUGUGAGCAAUGUCGACAAAUGCUUGGAGCACAAUAUACAGUUCCUGAUUAGUAAUGGACAUUUUGCUAAAGCAAAAGCGGUAGAUAUUUCGACGACGAUGUACGAGGAAGCAGUUAAAAAUUUAGACAAUUCUACUUUGGCACAACUUCGGACUUGUUCGUUAUCAGAUGAAUUGAGUGGAGCCGCCCAAGGAACUGGUUUAGCUUUCAUUGUGUUUACACAAGCCAUUGUCGAGCUACCAGGUGCUCCUUUCUGGGCUGUGAUUUUCUUCUUGAUGCUUCUUUCUCUUGGAAUUGGGUCACAAAUCGGCAUUUUGGAAGGAAUGCUUUGUACCAUCUUUGAUAUAGAGAUCCUCAAAAGAAUCAGAAAGCAAUACAUCACAGCGUUUGUCUGUGUCGUCUGUUUUUGCAUCGGUAUGAUCUUCACAACAGGAGCUGGCGAAUAUUGGCUGAAAAUGUUCGAUUCCUUUGCUGCUACCAUCGGAUUGGUUCUUGUAGCAUUAAUGGAAAUGAUUUCUGUAAUUUAUGUUUACGGACACGAAAAAUUUACAAAGGAUAUUCAAGAUAUGACCGGAAUUAAGCCGGGGGUGUAUUGGCAGCUGACUUGGAGGUUCUUAGCGCCGAUUAUAAUGACCGCCAUCUUGAUUGCUUCCAUUGCAGACAUGGUAAAAAAGCACCCGUCGUAUGAAGUUUGGAUUCCUGAUUUGGGUAAAGCUGUAGAAACGGUUUAUCCGGGCUGGGUUUUGGCUAUAGCAGUCGCAAUGAUCGCUGCUGGGGUUCUCCCUAUUCCAAUGGUGUUCCUCUUGAGACGCUACCAAUGCCUGAAGAUGGAUAUCAACAUUCACGAAGGUUCCAUCAGAAGAAUUGACACAACAGUGUCUACCAAAGAAAUGAUCACAGACGUUGAUUUGGACGAUGAAGAGGAUGACGUUGAUCCUUUGGGGGAGUACCACGACGAUUCGGAUGACGAUGAUGGGCCUCAAGUCAAUAGCCGUCUAGAAAAAAGCUUUCGUAUGGAAGUUAUUGAUGAUUAUUGAAAAGAGAUGUCUUAGAAUAGUUAAUGAAAUGUGAUAUUUUUCUUAGAUUGAAGGCCCGACAUCACAAAAUCUUUCUUCCCAAUUUAUUUAUUUUCUAUUUUGAGUAAUCAAAAGUGUUAAGACGUCUCUAAACAAUAAUCCAAUUGUUACUAGCUUUAGGUUAGUUGUUGUAAACAAUUGGUGUAUUUUACAUUGUAAAUAGUGUAAAUACGAGUACUUAUUUAAUUCCUAGAAGAUGCAGAUUGUGUUAAAAGAAUUUAUCGAAUUAUAGUAUAGUGCCAAAAUGUUGUAAACGGUAUAUUUUUUGCAUGAGUGAUUAAAAUGUGAUGACAUGUUGUAUUACAACAUUGGCUAAAUACUAUAUUAAAGCAAAGCUUGUUGAUAUUAGGUUAGUAGCCUAAAUAAGCUUGGCGCGGUUCAAAACCUCGCCUUAGCCAAUUAAGUAUUGAACGAAGAAACAAUAAUUAAUGUUUAAUACUCAGUAGAAUCAUUUCCCAUUUUCUUUUGUACUGUUCAUCCAAUAAACCAUUUUUUUUUAAUUUUAUUUUGUUAUCGAUGCACGUUAGACCCCAUUUUAAACCGAAAAAUAAUAAAUGUGUGUGCCUGACUCAAGCUCAGUGUGGUUAUUUUUCUUCCACUCGAAGAAUGAAUCUUUUCUCAACACACUGCGUUUGACAAUUUUUGUAUCUUCAAUGUUUAUUCUUGGAAUUUUUUCAAAUGUUGCACACUUUAACAUUCUGCACAUACCAAGAGUGUAUGCCUGGUUGCAUAUAUUCUUAAAUUAUUUUUUGAAAACGAUUAAUAUAAUAAUAGUACAAUUUAUUAUAUCGCGAAUUGCUCAGAAAAUACAUUUAGGGAUUAUUUUCUGAAAAACAUUGUGACUUUAGUCGAUAGAAAACAUUUUCACAAUAACAAUUUAGGAGGGGAUUCCCUCUCGAACGCUUCAGUAAAAAUUUAAAUUUAGUUAUUUUUUAGGAAAGGUUGAAUUUAGGUUCAAAUAAUGCAAGACUGUUGUAAGAAUUGUUUACAUAUUAAAAUUCUUAUGUAACACGGAGGAAAUUGUGUAUUUAGAAAUAAAAAAGCAUGAAAAUUU